AUGAUACGAUUUCCAGUUACAAGAGCAAUUGGUGUUGAUGUCACUAGUAUAAGUCGAUUCAAGAAGUUGUUGGAAAAGAAUAAUGAUUUUGUGGAGAGACUAAGUUUAAGGUUACUACAUCCCAAAUAUGAAUUAAAUAAGUUUGUCACUUUAAGAAAGAAUCAUGAAUCAGAUCAAUUAUUAUUAUUCUUAGCAGGUACUUGGGCUAGUAAAGAAGCAUUAUACAAAUCAUUGGAUAUAUCGGAUCAGAGAUCAUUUGAAUUCAAACAUUGGUACAGGCUGUAUGAUGAAAAUGGUAAACCUUUGAUUCAAAGUGAUAUUCAUACAACGGAUGAAUUUUUACUCAGUUUAUCACAUGAUCAAGAUACGGUUGUUGCAAAUGUGAUACGACAACAGUAUAUAACUAUACCAGAUAUAACGAAAUAG